AUGGCCUUGUAUCCAGUCGCACAACGAUAUCCCGAGUAUGUCAAGCAUAUGAUGUGGAUAACCUUGGGCAUCUGCUCCGCUGCACUUUUCCUUUCAAGUUUCGCUACCCAGGUUUGGCGUUUGAUCCUUUUGCAAGGAGUGGUGUUCGGUGUCGCUGCUGGUGCAAUGUAUGCACCGGUUCUCAUUUGGAUCCCUGAUUGGUUUGUCAAUCGAAGAGGCCUUGCCGCAGGCCUCAUAUUCGGAGGUGCAGGUCUCGCAGGUUUUGCUUUCCCCCUGAUCAUGGGUUAUCUGCUCAAAGGUGUGGGAUUCCGUUGGACGUUGAGGAUAUGGGCUUUGGCUUUAGGCGUUACCGGCGGACUUGCUAUUCUCGGAGUAAACCCCAGAGUCCCCAUUAGAAAGUCUACCAUGCCCAUUCCUAGAGAACCAUGGCUACCUCGCGAUUUAUCUCACUUCAAGAGCCCUCUCUUAUACAGCAUGCUUGCGAUCAGCAUUUUGCAAGCGCUUUCUUAUUUCCCUGUCAGCAUCCUUAUUUCAACCUACACUUCGUCGCUUUCGUCUGCUACUCUGCCUUCCACUGUCGUUCUCGCCAUUUUCAAUGUAUCCUCUUCACUGUCCUACCUAUUGUUCGGAAGAAUCAGCGAUUCGUAUCCAUAUCCAUACAUCAUCUUCGUUAGCGGCCUAGGAAGUGCUCUUGCAGCAUUCUUUGUGUGGGGAUUCGCGUCGUCAUUAACUCUGGUGUUCGCAUUUGCAGCUAUAUUCGGUGGAUUCAGCGGGGGUAUCGCAGCCAUUUGGCCCGCAGCUGGUACUGAUAUUGGAGGUUCUCGCGAUCAUAUAACAAGUCUCGCUAUGGGAUGUUUCUCCGGCUUCAAGGGAAUCGGAGCCACCAUUGGUCCUAUCAUCGCCGCCUCACUUUACGACACCCAAAGUACCGCCAAAACUGUGUACGGAGGCUUUGGAUUCCGCAAGGUCGAAAUAUUCGUAGGAUCUAUGGCUGUUGCAACGAGCCUGAGCGCAUUGAUUUUGAAUUCUCAUUCAACUUCCAAGAAGAAGUUGACAUGA